AUGACUCUCAUCGUUAAAUGGGGCGGUGCGCCGCAAUCUCUACUCAAAGCACACCGACGAUACCUGCACUGGGACAGGCAUAAGCCCCGAAAGUCUCCCUGUCAGCUCAGUGACGAGGCUCCAUGGCCUCGGACCCCCUUUCCAUCACCCCAUGAGAUUCUGGGCGCGCAACCGGGGGUGCCUUACACCAAAAAGCACUUCUACCGGCUCGUGAAGCUAUAUCACCCCGAUCUUCGUACUCUCAACAAAACCCGCGUGUUCAGUGUUUCGCACGCAACUAUGACUGAACGCUACCGCCUUGUGAUCGAGGCACAUAAGAUAUUCAGUGAUCCAAAGAAACGAUUGCUCUAUGAAAAGUAUGGACUGGGUUGGAGUGAGUCCGGACAGCGGACUCAGCAAGCACCUCGCCCGUCACACAGUACCACAGCUGGUGCGAGAUACGACGACGCCUCAUUCACUCAGAAGGGCUCACCAGAGCGUCAAUUCCCAAUCUACGCAUCAAACGCUGUAGUUGCCAUUGUUUGUGUUGCGAUGGCGAUGGCGGGGGGCAUUGCUCAGGUCGAGCGUGCUCGAAAGGCCCGGUGGGAUUUCCAAAGGCGAGAUUUAGCCCUGCAGGAGGCAAUUAGCAGAGAUCUCCAACACCUGGCAGACCAACUCGAAGGAAAACCAAGAGACUUAAGAAUAUUAGAAUUCUUAGCACGAAGAGAACUUAACAGCUGGUCAACACCAGAGGACCUGCACGAAGGAUUCAACCCACACGAAAACAUCUGCCGCCAUUGA